AUGACGAUUAUCUACCAGAACAAAGCUUCUGCCAGAGUGCCAAGGCAGAGCGUAGAUACGGUCCCAGAGCAACCAAUAUACUGUCCCUCCAAGCGACCCGAUAUCUCAUCAAGCUCGCUCAAGCGAUAUGAGAGCGCCGAGUUCCGAGACAUCAUUGCUCAAAGACUAUCUGAGUUAGUGCAGAUCCCAACAGUCAGCUAUGAUCAAAUGGGCUUGGUUGGCGAAGAUCCACGAUGGGACGUAUUCAAUCGACUCCCAGAGUAUUUCGAGAAUACAUUUACUCGAGUACAUCGGGAUCUGGAAGUUGUUACCAUCAAUGAAUUUGCGUUCUUGUACACCUGGAAGGGAUCAGAUCCCUCUUUGAAACCGCUCGUGCUUAUGGCUCAUACAGACGUCGUCCCCGCACCAGACGAGACCUUUGAUCGAUGGACGCAUCCGCCAUUUUCAGGUCAUUAUGAUGGCAAGUAUAUCUGGGGUCGAGGUUCAGAAGACGACAAAUCAAACGUGGUUGCUAUUCUCUCGGCUAUCGAUUCGCUUCUGAUAUCUGGUUUUGAACCAAACAGGACUGUUGUUUUUGCUAUUGGAUUUGAUGAGGAGGGAGGUGCACCGGGUGGCUAUGGUGCUAGAUGUUUGGCGGAACGCUUACUCGAGAUCUAUGGAGAAGAUGGUGUUGAGUUGAUAUUUGACGAAGGAAUUCCAGGCAUUGAGGAACAUUUCGGGACGGAAUUUGCACUGCCUACUACAGCUGAGAAAGGAUAUCUGGAUGUGGUUGUCACAGUCGACACUGCUGGAGGACAUUCCUCUACACCACCAGACCACACCGCAAUCGGAUACCUUGCCAGAAUCAUCCAAGCCAUUGAAGACCACCCGUUUCAGUCUCGGUUGACAGCAAAGAAUCCAACAUCGACUUACUUAAAGACGAUUGCCCUUCAUGCAAAGGACAUUCCAGUCGACCUGCGGAAAGCAAUUCUUGAUCCCAGAUCUGCAAAGGAAGUCCUGAAAUAUAUGGAUAGCUCGCUUGAAUCGAGGGCACUGGUGAGAACUUCCACAGCCGUGGAUUUAGUCCGUGGAGGGGAGAAGGCAAAUGCCCUUCCAGAGACCGCCCACAUCAUGGUGAACCACAGAAUCGCAGUCGAAGAGACAGUCCAAACAGUGAAAGACUACUACGUUCGCUUCCUUUCCCCUCUAGCCAAGAAAUGGAAUUACGGCCUGCAAGGAUUCGGCCAAGAGGCUUCCGGCACCAACGACGGAACAAUCACUCUUGUCGGACUCGACGCACUAGAACCAUCUCCAAGUUCCGAUCCCGAAGAUGAGAGAUUCGACUGGCUGACAGGGACCAUCCGAAGCGUAUUCGGGAAGGAUGUGAUUGUCGCACCCGUGUUGUUGACUGGCAAUACGGACACGAAGUUUUACUGGAAGCUUUCUUCGCAGAUUUACCGUUGGUCGCCGUGGCGUGCUAGUUCGGAUCCGAGAGGGACGAUGAUGCAUACGGUAGAUGAGAGGAUGCCUGUUGAGGGGUUGCUGGAUAUGGUGAGGUUUUAUCAUGAGUUUAUAAGGGUUGUUGAUGAGAAGAGACGGUAG